AUGGUUUGGCUCAGCAGCUCCCUGGCGCUUGCGGCUCUCGCCCGGGCUCUCCCCCAAGGUGGCUUCGGCGGAGGCGGUGGCGGUACUGCUAUGCUUCGAUUUGGAUGCUCUCAGGUUGUGAUUGAGCGUUUGGAUCCGCUUGUCAAUCCUGGUUUGAAUCCAUCUCCGCAUUUGCAUCAAGUCGUCGGCGGAAACGCAUUCAAUGCUUCGAUAGCCUCGACAGAUGUGUCCAAGCUAGCGACUUGCACCACAUGCAGCUUUGAUCAGGACUUUUCCAAUUAUUGGACGGCCAAUUUGUAUUUCAAGGCUCGUAAUGGAACCUAUAAGCGCGUGCCCCAAAUCGCUAACCAGGGGCUUAAUGGCGAUAACGGCGGUAUCACGGUGUAUUACACUUCACCAGGUUCCAAGCAGACCACCGCUUUCAAGCCUGGCUUCCGAAUGCUUGCCGGCGAUUCCAUGCGACGCAAGUCACAAGGAUUGGGGAAGAACAUGCAGAGUUGCUUCCGUUGCUACACUGGGCCCAACUUUGGAGGGAAUGUGGCCUCCCCUUGCUUCGAUGCUAAACUCGACACCGAGACGUUCCCCGCCAAUAAGUGCCCCGGCGGUAUCCGCUCCAACAUUAUCUUCCCUAACUGCUGGGAUGGAAAGAAUCUUGACAGCCCGAAUCAUAUGGACCAUGUGGCCCACCCCGAAGGUGGUCCAACCUCGUUUGCUGUCGUGAACGGGAAGUGUCCCUCAACCCAUCCAGUCAAGAUCCCCCAGGUGCAUCUUGAGAUCAUGUGGGAUACGACCGUCUUCGCCAAGGAAGAUUGGCCCACCGACGGAACGCAGCCCUUCUAUCUGAGCACCGGUGACAAUACCGGGUACGGUCAGCAUGCCGACUAUGUGUUUGGCUGGAAGGAUGAUACUCUUCAGAAAGCCAUGGACGGUGCCUGUUUUGGUGCCACCUGCAAAGGACUAACUACACAACAGACCAAGGUCAAGAACCAAUGCUCUGUGAAAAAUACUGUCAACGAGAAUACCGAAGGAUGGUUGGCCGAGCUGCCUGGAGGUGGUAACGGUGUCUAA